UCGCUGCCGGUUCGCUUGCCUCACUCCGCCCUGCUGGCUGCGUGCGGCACAUCGUUUUUAACGGAAGAUACAAGAAGACAGGGAGGGCACAGUGGCAAACAAACCGCGGAUCUGCACCUGACCUACGCGCUCUCUGGAUUUAAGGAGCUGACAGAGGGAAAAGUUGAAGUCGACACCGCUGCGUCAGGGAAGCGCUCCUGCUGUCCAGUUAACAAGGUCAAAGGUCAGUGAAGGCAGUGGUUCCAGGGGACAAAGAUGAUGUCCAUGCAAAUGAGUGAGGCAGAGAGUCUGGUGAAGGUGGCAGAGUGGCAGCAGACCUACUACGCCUCAGAUUCUGGCAUCCAAUCAGGAGCCACCACAAUGCGGGAUGAUGAGAGCAGCACAGAUUACAGCGGCAGUAAGAAGUACACUGGCAAUUCUACACUCAUUACUAACGCUGCUCAUGCUACGGCCACCACUGGAGGAGGAGGAGACUCAGCGGCUGAUGGAUUAGAGAGCCCCACAGAUUUAGAUGCUCAGUACUCACUAACGCGGGCUCAGCGUGUCAGGGCAGCCAUGUUCCCAGAGACCUUGGUGGAAGGGGAGGCGGCCAUGCCCACUCAAUCAGAUCCUUUGCAGCAGAGUAAUGUGCAGCGACUGGCUGAGCCCUCCCAGCUGCUAAAGACAGCUAUUGUCCACCUGAUAAACUACCAGGAUGAUGCUGAGCUGGCCACCAGAGCAGUGCCAGAGCUCACCAAGCUGCUGGCAGAUGAGGAUUCGGUUGUGGUGAACAAAGCAGCCAUGAUAGUCAACCAAUUGACCCGUAAGGAGGCAAGCCGUCGGGUGCUGGUGCAAUCUCCGGCCCUGGUGGGUGCUGUGGUGCGUGCCAUGAUGACGGCAGUUGACAUGGAGACAGCCCGUUGCACAGCGAGUGUGCUUCACAGCCUGUCACACCAGAAGGAAGGACUGCUGGCCAUAUUUAAAUCUGGAGGGAUACCAGCACUGGUCCGCAUGUUGAGUUCACCAGUAGAAUCAGUUUUAUUUUAUGCAAUCACCACUCUCCACAACCUUCUGUUGCACCAAGAGGGGGCCAAGAUGGCAGUACGUCUUGCUGAUGGCCUGCAGAGGAUGGUUCCCUUACUGAAAAAAAGCAACCCCAAGUUCUUGGCCAUCACCACCGAUUGUCUGCAACUUCUGUCUUACGGCAACCAGGAGAGCAAGCUAAUCAUCCUAGCCAAUGGGGGCCCAGAGGGUCUGGUGUUCAUCAUGAGGAACUAUAACUAUGAGAAGUUGCUAUGGACAACCAGUCGCGUUCUCAAAGUGCUGUCUGUCUGUCCCAGCAACAAGCCAGCAAUAGUAGAGGCUGGUGGUAUGCAAGCUUUGGGCCAGCACCUUGCAGGUUCAAGUCAGCGUCUGAUCCAGAACUGUCUGUGGACACUCCGCAACUUGUCAGAUGCUGCAACCAAACAGGAGGGGUUAGACAGUCUGCUGCAGAUACUGGUCACCCAACUGGGCUCAGAUGACAUCAACAUGUUGACCUGUGCAACUGGCAUCCUGUCCAACCUCACCUGUAAUAACUCACGAAACAAGACUUUGGUGACUCAGUAUGGUGGUGUGGAGGCACUGAUCCAUGCCGUGCUUCGUGCUGGGGAGAAGGAGGAUGUUGCUGAACCAGCAGUCUGCGCCCUACGUCAUCUCACCUCCCGACACCAGGAUGCCGAACUGGCCCAGAAUGCUGUGCGGCUGCACUAUGGUAUCCCUGCUGUUGUCAAGCUGCUGGGGCAGCCACAUUAUUGGCCUGUAGUAAAGGCCACAGUUGGUCUAAUCCGGAACCUGGCGCUGUGUCCGGCAAAUCAGGUGCAACUGAGGGAAGCAGGUGCUAUUCCACGACUGGUCAACCUGUUGCUGAAGGCUCACCAGGACACACAGAGGCAUGCCUCCUCCUCACAGCAGACAUACCAGGAUGGUGUUCGUAUGGAGGAAAUUGUAGAGGGUUGCACAGGAGCUCUUCACAUUCUGGCCAGAGACCCCAUAAACAGAGGAGAAAUUGCCAGUAUGCAGACCAUACCACUGUUUGUACAGCUGCUUUACUCACAUGUGGAGAAUGUGAAGCGAGUGUCUGCGGGUGUCUUGUGUGAGCUGGCUCUGGACAAACAAUCCGCAGAAGUCAUUGAUGCAGAAGGAGCAUCAGCACCGCUCAUGGAGCUGCUGCACUCCAACAACGAGGGAAUUGCCACCUACGCUGCAGCGGUUCUAUUUCGAAUUUCGGAGGACAAGAGUUCAGACUACCGGAAAAGAGUGUCAGUGGAGCUCACACAUUCACUCUUCAAACAUGACCAUGCUGCCUGGGAAAUGGGCCAUACUACUGUUCCUUUGGAGCCUACCUACCUAACUGAUGAUUUAGAUGGCUCUUACCCUCCCUAUGGCUACGCUGAUCUGCCUCUGGACACCCUGCCGUUAGACCCAGACCUCCACGACCCCUACAUCCCUGACAUGCCCUAUGAUCCAAGACAGGCCUACCCUGAACCACUCUAACAGGAGAGUAGGAGGAAGAAAGACUGGAGCAAUGGAUGGAUGAUGGAGAUCUGAGGUUUUAAUCAACAAAAGAGUUGCUUAUUAAAAAGACGUUUAUUGUUGUUGUAAAUGAGAAAUGUAACUUUGUUAUAAUGUUUUACUGUGGGUGAAAGUAGGCAGUAUCUGAAGUUUUGAAGCAUUAUUACAUGGGUAAAUUUUUGAAGCAAUCAAAUUAGGUAUGAAUGCUUUCCAUUGACAGUUUGAGACAAUGAGGGACAAGCAGGUGGAAUUAAAUCAAAUUCAAAUGAUAAUCUUUAUCAAAUGUUUUAGCAUUUUAUCUGUAAAGGUUUAGAAAGAAGUUGGAAAAUAUUUGAAUUACCUGAAAUGUUAGCACAAUAAAUUGUGCCAUCAGUUGUGAUAUAAACAGAUUUAAUUUUUUCCACGUGUUUAUCUCAUCUGAAAAACCCAAAUUUGUUAGUAAGAAGGUCUAUUAAAUUAUAGAUAAACAUAGCUCCCAGUUUAACAAAAUUCAUUACUGACAUCACAAAAACUCUCUAAAACACUAUAAAACUAUUUUUCAACUCUGAGAUCAUUGCUUGAAAAACACCCAGCACUGAACAGAAAUAGAAUUUCGCCGUUGCUGGCAUUACUGCCUUUCAUCAUUGCUACCAAAUGCUACCCGUGUAUCCCAACCUUAAGCUGCUGUCUUUUAGAUGUCUCCUCUGUGUAUUUGAACAGUGCACAUGUCCCAGGGUGUCCAUGUGUGGUCAUUGCAUGGUAGUAUAUGGUGUAUUCAUUAAAAUAUUCUUUACAUAAUAAGAAAAAAAAAAAGACAUUGUCAUUUUACAAGCCAUUCUCAACUAUGCCAGCCAUUUGGAAAACUUUAGUGUGGAAAUGGACUACAAAUCCCACCAUGUCCCAGCAUCACUCUCACCAAGCGUAUAUUCUACUUAAAUGUCCAUAGGAAAUGAACUGCAAAUGCCUUUGGCAUCAAGUCCCACUAUUUUCCAGACCUACCUACAAUAAUUAGACCCACAUUUCUACAGUGGAAAUGGACUGCAGCUCUUUGAUCAGCUUGCACACACCUUUGUAGGUGCCAUGGAGUACAUUAUAGAGUGAAUUUACAACAGUACUCACAUUGUGCUCACAGUAUUUUCUAAAGAUUAAGUAUUUGACUAAAGUGAAGCUGCAUUUGGAAUGUGGAAAGUUGUUCUGUGUACCAGGGGCAAUUGUGCUUGUGGUUUCAAGACUGCUGUUGUUGGUUGCAAUACUUAACUAACAGCAACAGUUGUAGUCAUGUUAAGAAAGCACUGCACUGGUUUAUCACUUGCCGUGGCGAUACUGUUCCUGAAUCUAAAUGUCAUUAAAUUGUGUUAUUUUGAACUGUCUUUAUUUAUUCUACUUGCAUGGAAGAUGAUCCAGCAACUAUGGAAGAUUUAAAAGGCCCAAGUCAAACAACAAAAUAGAAUUCACAUUGCCAUAUGCAAUUACUUUUUAUGUACAUAUUGACUUUUCUAUAAUUAAAUGAAAGCAUGUGUUGAAAGGACACUUAUUUUUGUCUAAAUGAAUUGCUUACAUCAAUAAAUAAAUAAUUUUUCACUGUCACAUGAAUUUUAUAUAACAUAAUAAACUCCAAUCCAAACAUUUAAAUCAGAAAUACAACAAAAUCUGCAGGCGGAAGUACUAUCCCUCCAGCUGGGUGGCCCACAGAAAACUGUUUUGAUGUGAAAUGCUGUUUGACAUGGCUGCCAAUGUUGUAUAAGUGAUAAUAAGCUUUGUUCAUGGCUCUGCGCACACAGUGAAUAACUAUUUAUUUGGUUAUUUAAGACAAUUGGCUGAAUAAGUGUUAUUUAAAGAUAUAGUUUCAUUUAAUUAUGACAUAUUAAAUGCAUACACAACAUGAAAAUACAUACACAUACUGUAUCUAUCUAUAUAUAUAUAAAAUUUUCAACUUUUUAAAUUUACUUUAAUGUAGGCACUUAAAUCUUCCAUAGAAUUCUACCUAUCACUGCAGAAAAGAAAAAUUACAAGGGUUUUAUUUUCUUAGCUCUGGGUCUUGUAAUUUAUUAGAUCUUGCAUCACAGACAAAAAAAAAAAAAAAAUACUGUAGGUUCAGUAGUGCCAGAAAAGUAAGAAGUCAGUCCAGAAUAAGUAAACCGUUUCAACUUUUAUUAUCAUCUAGCUGCGCAUGCUUGUUGCCCUGACAUUUUUUAGAGAUGUUACCUUGAUCCCAGAUUAUAAAAACUACUGUCAAUAGUACACAUGACCAGAGCUACUAGAAUGAAACCAAAGUUGCAGAGGUUUUUCUUUAAAGGACAGACUGCUACUUUUACCAAUAUCAUAGAGCCCUCUACUAUCUGUGUUCUACAGACGUGGUUACAUUUUGGGCCUUUCACAUUACAGUCGUAAUGGGCAUGUUAGUCUGAGACUUUCAGCUGAUUAGAAAGUUAGUGUUAUUGAUAUGUAUACUGACAGAAUAUAAUAAUGGAUAUAUUCAACAGCUCCCUAAAUCCCACCCAAAUGUUAUCUCCAAAAAUACUAAGUUGAAAUGGGCUGAGAACCAAAGCAGUGAAACUUUCACUGUGUACUGGACACCUACCAGCCCUAGGCUUGUAAGAGCCCUUUUUCACUGCAUGAAUUUCACAUAGAUACUAGGUUUUCUAUUCACCAGAAUAUAUCAAACAUAUUUUAUUAAGAAGGCAACAGAAGCCACUGAUAUCUUUUGAUGAUCUGAAUCAAAUCAAAAUACGUCGCUUUUUUGUUUUCACCGACUGUAUGCAUUGUGACAUUUAUUUUUCUAUUUUCUUGUUUGAACUUUCAUUAUUUCCAUCUGCACUGUUCAGGUGUGUGUUAUAUUCUUGUGUAUGCCCAGAUGCUGAAAAUAUACCCCCCUCACCACCACCACAAUACAAAAUAAUUCAUUUCCAUGGGGCUUCUAGACUGUCCAUAAUAAUGAGUGAUUUUGGUGACACUACUGUCUAACAGUGAUGUUAUUGAAUAGCCUAUUUUUACCAAUAAAAAUUGACCAAAAUGAUACAAAAGCAUAUUUUUUCCAAACUAAGGGUUGUGGUACAAUCAGCAGAUAGCCAUAAUGUGUGAAGUGA